AUGCUAAUCCCGGAGAGAAAAGAGAGAACGGAUAUACGCGGCGAAAGUAUUGUAACUAUUCGAUUACAGAGACCCGAAAGCGGCAAAGCGAAUGCUUAGAAGGACAGUUCAAGUGUGGAACGGGACAGUGCAUCGAGGAGAACCAGAAGUGCAACAGAAAAUACGAAUGUGCGGACGGAUCCGAUGAGAUCACCUGUGGUAUGUGUAGUUUAGACGAGAUGCCAAAGUAUGCUUAGAACCUGAUCUCGUGAUGCUUUUCGUCACAGAUCAGGGCGUUGGUUUUUCAAGAAAUGAGAAUCUGAAUACGACGUUUACGACUUCAAACCUUACAGAUUACUACAUUGCCGUUCAAAAGUAUCACGCUGAACAACAGAAACAAGAAAGUGCCGCUCAUGCACAAGAUGCCCCAGCUGCUCCGGCUGCUCCGGUUUCUCCAACUGCUCCAGCCCCAACCGAAUCCGCUGAGGAUCCAUCUGAAGUUCCACUGUGCAAUGACCAGGAGUUCAGAUGUCCUUACCUCGCUGAGACCCGUUGCUUCCACUACGAUAAACUUUGUGAUGGAGUCGACGACUGUGGUGAUGGAUCUGAUGAGACCAAUUGCGAUUCGAAUGAAGAUCAAGAUCAGCCGGCUGCUCCGAUCCCUCCGCCAGCGCCUGCUCCAGAAUCUGUGCAAGAGGCUGCUUCCCAAUGUGCCGUCCUUCAGUUUGAGUGCAAGAGAGACGGAAAGUGCAUCGAUAAGGCCCUUCAGUGCAACCAUAAAUAUGAUUGUGAGGAUGGAUCUGAUGAGACUGAGUGUGGUGAGUUAUCAGGUGAAUUAGCUUGAAGACGUUAUUUUCUCUUCCAGAAUACUUCAAAGCAGCGAUGGCAAGACGUGAGCAAUCGGUGGCAACAACCACUGAUCAGCAGAACCGACAAGUUCACCACCAGACUCAGCACCAGCAAGCCCAACAGCACCACCAACAGCAGCGUCCACAGCCAGCCCACCCAGCACAGCCAUCGCAGCCAUCACACCCAGCUCAACCUUCCCACGAUCAGCACGAGGAACACAGAAGACGAUUGGAAGAGCAUCGCCGUCGAGAGGAAGAGCACAAAAGACGUCAAGAAGAAGAGUCUCGCGCCAGAGCUCAUGAACAGUCCCUCCUGCACGCAAGCCAGGUGGAGAGCACGGAAGUCACUUUCCACGACGAAUACGAAGGCGACAGCGGAGUCGGAUGCCUAGAGCACGAGUUCCAGUGUGCCAUUGGAGAGUGCAUUGAUAAGUGAGUCGGCAGGCGCCAUUGGGAAAGUACAUUGAACAGUCCAUUUUCAGACGCCGUGUGUGUGACACUCGUCCUGACUGCCUGGAUGCUUCAGAUGAACAGAAUUGCGCAGAUCGUGCUCCGGCGCAUCACCAGCAGCAACAGCCGCAUCAUGUUGCCGCUCCGUCCCUCCCUCCAGUCAACAAUUAUCCGGGUCAGUUUGCAAGUUUCAAGUGGUUGCACUUAUCAUUCGACGCGAGAAGCGAGGGAUACCCUUGCUGCUGGCGCGGAUUUGUUUGGAAACACUCUGUGA